UAAGGACUGACAGAUUGGCAGAGGUUUUCAUUGGUCUUGAACCAGGUGCACACAUUUGUGACUGAACAACUGGGUAUAAAUAAAGCUGAUUUGAUGAAAGGACAUGAGUGUUAUGCUACAGAGUAUUAUAGCUUUCUUGGAGUUCUGAUUGCAUUGACUUUUUCAGCAUGUGGAUUCCAGCUGCUUUUCUCCUUUUUGCGUUGGUUGUAAAUGGAGAUUGGAAUGAAGAACGUUUUGGUAGGCGUACUGGUCGAAGAUGUCCUUCUGGCUGGGAGAAAUUUGAAACGCGUUGUUUUAAAUUUUUCAAUGACUCAAAAACAUGGGCUGAGGCAGAGAGACAAUGCAUUGACCUCGGAGGAAACCUUGUAUCAGUUCACAAUCAAGCCACUCACAAUUUCCUGAAAAACUUCCUCAAAAAUGCUAAUGGCAUCCGCCGAACCUGGAUUGGUGCUUAUGAUGCAACUCAGGAAAAUAUCUGGUUUUGGAGUGAUGGAUCACCGUUUGCAUACAGUAACUGGCAAACUGGAGAACCAAACAAUUCAGGAGGAGCUGAAAAUUGUGUGGAGAUGGGCAAUUCAGCUCAUCAACGCUGGAAUGAUGCACACUGCAGUGCUCUACUCAACUUCAUCUGCAAAUUGGAAAUUCAAAAUUGAAAAUUUAAAUAAACUUUAAA